AUGCACAUUGCGAGAACCCCUGUGCCAAUCGCCAUAUACAUCGGGAUACAUGCAGCAGAGGUAAAUAACGGUCGCGACAGACUGCCUGUUUUGUCUUUAUCUAUGGUUGACAGACCAUGCAUUUUUCUAACUGGAAAAGCUAGAACUAGAAAUGAGAAAAACAAAAGAAACGAGUCAACUUCACACGAACGGACAAUAGACGUUGAAAGCUUUCGUCAGCACAUUACAGAAAAGAGAUUUUCAGCUAAAAUAGCUCUGCCGGACAUGCAACUAUUGAGUUUGAAAAUAAGUACCAAACGUCAAUGA